GGUGGGGGUGGGUGGAACGCAGAGCCUCAUCAUUUAUUCAUUGCGACCGUCUCCGUUGUUGACACUGGCGGCGAGCCGCAGGCUCCUGCUCUUGCAGGGGAAGUCUGACACCUUGAGGACAGGAGAAGGGGUGCCGGGAGCCCGGAGGAGGCUCCGCGAGAGACGCUUUGAGAGUUACGAGGUGGGGGUAGGGGGUUACUUUGAUUCAAACCGGGCGACCUGCACCCUGUGUGCUUGUUUACUUGAGUGGGAGCAUCCCCCUUUCCAACCCCCCCCUCCCGCCCCCGUCUGGAAGCCAACUGGAGUCGGACCUCCCGGGAGAGCCCCGAGCCUGGAGGUGUGUCUGGUUGGUACACAGGACCUCGGGGUGGGCUCGGGCACCCGACUCGAGUGGCUGAUGGCUGGCUCGGGGUGAGCUCGCAUACCCAACUGGCUGCUCCAAGCAGUUGGCCCUGGGAGGCGGAGGCUGCUCGGGGACAGCGGUAGCGGGGACCUAGCGUCAGCUCCUGCGGGGGCGCGAGUCCCCUUCACCGCCCAGCAGAGCGCUGCGUGGGACGCGCAUCUUCAGGGACUGUCCCUUCCCAGCCGCGUCUGUGCGGACCCCGAGUGCGGCAGCUGCCCGGGACGAUCGGCGGAGAGCCUGGUCCUGGGCUCCCGCACAAUCGGCUGUGGGAAAGAGAACUUUGUCCCGAGGCUCUGUAGGGUCAGGGCUGGCCUUAAGUUCUCCCACCCCCGGGCUCACCUCCCCCUCCGGGCCGCCCCUCCCCCGCUCCCCGGGCGCAGCUCUCAGAGCAUCCUCACUCCGCCCAGUUCUGUGCCAGUUGCUUGGACUCCAGCUUCGUGCGUUUUCCUUGGAAUGCUCCAAAACUCCGCAGCGCCUAAAACAAUCCCCCUGGAAUUGCGGGGAGAGCUCUGGAGCCGUUUACCAGCCUCUCGCGGGUCCUAGGAUUUACCGCUCUUCAAGCUGAAGAUUGCAACUUUGCAGAGUUCAAGAAGUAGCAUGGCAUGAAACAUGGCUCAGUUUUAUUACAAAAGAAGCAUUAAUGCCCCCUACAGAGACCGCAUCCCUCUGAGAAUAGUCCGAGCAGAAUCAGAACUCUCGCCAUCAGAAAAAGCCUACUUGAAUGCUGUGGAGAAGGGUGACUAUGCGAGUGUCAAGAAAUCCCUUGAGGAAGCUGAAAUUUAUUUUAAAAUAAAUAUUAAUUGCAUCGAUCCUCUUGGGAGAACUGCGCUUCUCAUUGCAAUUGAAAAUGAGAACUUGGAGCUCAUUGAACUACUCUUAAGUUUUAACGUCUAUGUUGGAGACGCUCUACUGCACGCGAUCAGGAAAGAAGUUGUCGGGGCAGUGGAACUGCUACUGAACCAUAAGAAACCGAGUGGAGAGAAACAGGUGCCUCCCAUACUUCUUGAUAAGCAAUUCUCUGAAUUCACUCCGGAUAUUACACCAAUCAUUUUGGCAGCCCAUACAAAUAAUUAUGAGAUAAUAAAACUUUUAGUCCAGAAAGGAGUCUCUGUACCCAGACCUCAUGAAGUCCGCUGUAACUGUGUUGAGUGUGUCUCCAGUUCUGAUGUGGACAGUCUUCGUCACUCACGCUCCCGACUGAAUAUCUACAAGGCUUUGGCCAGUCCAUCGCUUAUAGCACUAUCAAGUGAAGAUCCUUUUCUUACAGCCUUUCAGUUGAGUUGGGAGCUCCAAGAACUUAGUAAAGUGGAAAAUGAAUUCAAGUCAGAAUAUGAGGAGCUGUCAAGGCAGUGCAAACAGUUUGCUAAGGACCUACUGGAUCAGACAAGAAGUUCCAGAGAACUGGAAAUCAUUCUUAAUUACCGAGAUGACAAUAGUCUCAUAGAAGAGCAAAGUGGAAAUGAUCUUGCAAGACUGAAACUGGCAAUCAAAUACCGUCAAAAAGAGUUUGUUGCCCAGCCCAACUGUCAACAGUUGCUGGCAUCCCGCUGGUAUGAUGAAUUCCCAGGCUGGAGGAGGCGCCACUGGGCGGUGAAGAUGGUGACCUGUUUCAUAAUAGGAUUGCUUUUCCCAGUCUUCUCUGUGUGCUACCUUAUAGCUCCUAAGAGCCCGCUGGGACUGUUCAUCAGAAAGCCUUUUAUCAAGUUCAUCUGCCACACAGCCUCCUAUUUGACUUUUUUGUUCCUGCUGCUGCUUGCCUCUCAGCACAUCGACAGGUCAGACUUAAACAGGCAAGGCCCACCACCAACCAUCGUCGAGUGGAUGAUAUUACCGUGGGUCCUGGGUUUUAUAUGGGGAGAAAUUAAACAAAUGUGGGAUGGAGGACUUCAAGAUUAUAUCCAUGAUUGGUGGAAUCUAAUGGAUUUCGUGAUGAACUCCUUAUAUUUAGCAACGAUCUCCUUGAAAAUUGUCGCAUUUGUAAAGUACAGUGCUCUCAAUCCACGAGAGACGUGGGACAUGUGGCACCCCACUCUGGUAGCAGAGGCACUGUUCGCUAUUGCAAACAUCUUCAGUUCCCUGCGUCUGAUCUCACUGUUCACUGCGAAUUCUCACCUGGGACCUCUCCAAAUCUCCCUGGGAAGAAUGCUCCUGGACAUUUUGAAGUUUCUCUUCAUAUACUGCCUUGUGUUGCUUGCAUUCGCUAACGGCCUAAACCAAUUAUACUUCUAUUAUGAAGAAACAAAAGGGUUAAGCUGCAAAGGCAUACGCUGUGAAAAGCAAAACAAUGCAUUUUCAACGUUAUUUGAAACACUUCAAUCUCUGUUCUGGUCAAUUUUUGGCCUCAUCAAUUUAUAUGUGACCAAUGUCAAAGCGCCACAUGAGUUCACUGAGUUUGUUGGUGCCACCAUGUUUGGGACAUACAAUGUCAUCUCUCUGGUUGUUCUCCUCAACAUGUUAAUAGCUAUGAUGAAUAACUCUUACCAACUUAUCGCUGACCAUGCAGAUAUAGAAUGGAAAUUUGCACGAACGAAGCUUUGGAUGAGUUAUUUUGAAGAAGGAGGGACUCUGCCUACUCCCUUCAAUGUCAUCCCAAGCCCCAAGUCUCUCUGGUACCUGAUUAAGUGGUUAUGGACACACCUUUGCAAGAAAAAGAUGAGAAGAAAGCCAGAAAGUUUUGGAACAAUAGGGGUAAGAACACAGCAUAGGCGAGCUGCUGAUAAUUUGAGAAGACAUCACCAGUAUCAAGAAGUAAUGAGGAACCUGGUGAAACGAUACGUUGCUGCAAUGAUUAGAGAUGCUAAAACUGAAGAAGGCCUGACUGAAGAGAACUUUAAGGAACUAAAGCAAGACAUAUCUAGCUUCCGCUUCGAAGUUCUGGGCUUACUAAGAGGAAGCAAACUGCCCACAGUGCAGUCCGCGAAGGAGUCUUCUAAUUCAGCCGACUCCGAUGAAAAGAGUGAUAACGAAGGUAGUAGCAAGGCCAAGAAAAAGAACUUCAGCCUUUUUGAUUUAACCACGCUGAUCCACCCGCGAUCUGCAGCGAUCGCCUCGGAAAGACUUAACAUAAGCAAUGGCUCCGCCCUGGUGGUGCAGGAGCCCACUCGAGAGAAGCAGAGAAAAGUGAAUUUUGUAACCGAUAUCAAAAACUUCGGGUUAUUUCAUAGACGAUCGAAACAAACCGCUGCCGAGCAAAAUGCAAACCAAAUCUUCUCUGUUUCAGAAGAGGUUUCUCGUCAACGGGCUGAAGGACCACUGGAGAGAAAUAUCCAACUGGAAUCUGGAGGAUUAGCUUCACGGGGUGACUUGAGCAUCCCGGGGCUCAGUGAACAAUGUGUCUUAGUAGACCACCGAGAAAGGAAUACGGACACCCUGGGAUUGCAGGUAGGCAAGAGAAUGUGUGCGUUCUCAUCAGAGAAGGUGGUGGUGGAGGACACGGUUCCUAUCAUACCAAAGGAGAAGCAUGCAAAGGACGAGGACUCUAGUAUAGACUAUGACACAGUCACCCAAGAAGAUUAUGUGACCACAAGAUUGUGAUACUUGAAGGAGGAAGCAUUUUACCGCACAUAUACAUAUUUUCCAUAGCUCUCUGGGUAGGGGGAGCUGUUUAAAAGUUCCUUAGCAGAUGCAAAAUUCCACUUUCUAGCAGUCAUCAACUGUGAUAUAUUAACUUGUAACUGUCUAAAAGGCGAAGGCUACCAUCAGCCCAUGUUUUGUAGCCGCUUUUACUGUCACAAUGUGUUUUACAGAGUAUUUUUGUUUUUGUUUUUGUUAACAAAUAAAUGCACCUUGUAUUCUUGUAUUGUUGCAAUAAUCCACAGGAAGUUUUUAGGUAUCUUUUUCAAUUAAAACAUGUUAUUUAUUUCAUGUGGAAGUUGGCUCCAAUUAUAGAUAUUUUUAUAUGCAAAAAAUGUAGUCAAAAUAUUAGAGCUUUUCUUGAUUUAUGGGGAGAGGGGGAUCCUAGAGAUGGUUACUCUUCAAGAAUCUUUCACCAACCCUAGAGUUUGGUGUUAAAACAUACUACCAAAUUAUGUCAUAAGAACAUGUAAAUAUAGUACACAAUUAGAACAAAUGGACCUUCUUAUGUAGACAUUAUUAAAUUCAUUUUUAAAAUGCAAGUCAGAUUUUAGUUUGCCCAGAGCUUUUCUUCAGUAAGUAAAAGAAAUACUUUGUCUUAAUAAAAUUUGAUGAAGAACACAUUUUAACAACACUGUGCAAAAAAUAGUUGUAUUUCAAGUUUUUUAAAGUUACAUUUUUCAGGUUUAAAUGUUAAUCAGUAUGUGAGGCUUUAUGAAUGAAUCAAAUUUCAAAAAAGUGGCUAAAGAUUUUAAUGUGAAAGUAAUAAUAAUAUAUUAGACUAAACACCAUAAGUGAGGGGAGAUGGCUGUGUUAUUCUGAUGAUAAUACAUUAACUUUAGCAAUCUAAAUCUAAGAAAAAUUAAAUUCUAAUUUCAAUCUGUGCAAUAUUUGUUGCCAAUUCAAAAGAACUUAAAAACAUAGUAGUUUCUUUCUCUUUCCCUUAGCGCCUAGAAUAUAUUUAAUUAAAAUUAAAAUCACUUCAUUGAUUGUAGUAGUAGAUACAUGGUUUUCUCCAUGGGGCCAGCAUACUUGAUGGUUUGUAUCUUCUAUUGUUUCCAAUGUAAUUUAACUUUUAUUACACUCAUCCACUGAACCAUUUCAAGGAAGAUAUUUUUUUUAACAAAAAUAACAUACGGUCAAUUUUCUUUUAAUGAUUUACCUAUGUGUCUAUUUAAGCUACUAUGGAAAUAAGCUUCUUCACUGCAUUCAAUUAGCAUUUAUUUAAAAUAAAUACAUUUUUAAAGACUGCUUCUUGUUUUACCUCAAAAAUUACCUCCUUUAACCAUAAAAUUCAUAUGCACUAGCACUGAAAAAAAAUUGCAUGGUAUUACAGAACCCAGGCUUCUGAUUAUCAUACAUCAAAAAUGUAGUAAUAGUACAGUAACAAGGUUCACCCAUUUUCUUCGUGCUGCAUGUUUUAGCACCAAUGUACUACUCUUAACAACCGUCUGAUGUCUUUUCUUUUCUUAAUCUCUUGAGGAAUCUGAGUUAUGCACUAAGCAGAUUAAGGUUGGCAACUAAUGAUGAUACUCUAAUGUGUUGUUCAGGUGAGGCCCUUAACUACUGCAUCACGCUAGCUUCCUGACACAGAACACAACCCACCUCACAGGGGUUAGUGUUGCCACUUCUGAAAUGCUGUACUUUAAAAGAAAAUGGAUUUGAUCAACUGUAAAUUUGUGUCCUUUAAAAGCAAGAAAAAUGUGCAAAAUUAAACAUCACUGGUUUAGAUUCUCCAGCCCUUAAUUGCAUCAUAGAGAAUAUUGCAUUUUAAAUAUAAAUUUGGCAAAGAUCUCAGAAUUCAACUUAAAAUAUUAGAUUUCAAUUUUCAGAAAAAUCAGAAGCACUCAGCUGCUCCUAACCCUUUAACCUGGUUUAUUUUGAGAUUUAGUAAUGGCCUGGGUAGGCUUUAGAAACUCGUUGUCCUAAUGAAUGUGUUUAUUGCUUCAAGACCAACUUGAAUCUCAAGCCCACAUUCAAUCUCAAAUAUGUUAGCAAUCCAAAUCAGCCUUGGGAAUAAUAAAAUACUCAAGUUGUUCAAAGUAAGACAUGCUUAGAAAAUUGUAGACUCAUUUUAAGUACCCCUGAGUAUUCUGCAUAUUUUAAGGGCAUUUUUGCUUCUUCUAUUUGCUUUUUUUACAAUUAGUAAUAGAUAUUAUAUAUAAUAUAUAUGCAUAUAUACAUAUAUAUCAACCAUAUAUAAUUUAUCAGAAUUUAAUUUCAAUUUUUUGUCUGCUCUUUCAAACAGCAAAGAACAUUACAAACAAAAUGUUUUUUCAGAAGGCUUCAUUAUAUCAUGAGCUAGGGCGCUGUUGUUUUACAGGUGAGCCUGUAAAAGAGGGAUUUAUUGAAAACUAGUGACAGCCUGCGUUUCAGUAACCCAGAAAUGAUACUUGUUAGAUAUUACUGACACACACUUUUUUCGACCAUAGUUAGUAGCACAUGUCCUAAAAUCCAGUAUUAGUCUAAAUACUAGUGAUAUUAUAUAGUAUUAAUGGAUAUGAACAGUUGGAGAAAAUUAGGAAAAGCAGGACAAGAUUUCAGGUAAAGCAAUAGUGUCUUUUUAUGAGUCUUUUAAAUGAGUAACAGUGUCCUAAAUGAGUAAUUUGGAAUUUAUUUCUAUUUAAAUACUUAUUUCAAUCAACAUAAAUUCCUAAACAGUAAAGAGAAGUGUGACAUACUUUUAUUUUUUUAAAUUUCCUUAUGUGUUAUACCCUUGCUAACUUUAUUUAUCAAUUUAUUGCCAGGUAGGAUGGAAAAAUAUCUAGAACUUUUUAUUUAAGUUUUAUAUGACUUGCACUAGAUCCACAACAUUUGCCUUAGAUAUAUUUUGGAAAAGCUAUUUACAAGAAAGUAUGUUAUAAAGAUGUAUCUAAUCAUUCAUCAGAAAUGAGUUAUAUCUGUGUAAAAUAUAUAACACUGCCGUAUAGGGGGCUCUUUCGGUGUCAGGCAUGUGAGGCCCAUUGUUGUGACUGUUUUUGGCAUAUCGAAUACACCAGGGGUAGCUUGCCAGGCUCUGCCGUGCGGGCAGGGUACUCUCGGUAGCUUGCCGGGCUCUCCGACAAGGAUGGAGGCUUUUAGGGUGGCUUCCAAUUGCCCUUACUGGUGUUGGAGCAAUAUUACAGAGGGUAGGGUUCUUGCCUUGCAUACAGCCAAUCGUUGUUGGAUAUGCAGAAUCCUAUAUGGUCCUCCAAACCCCUCCAGGAGUGAACCCUUUAUGCAGAGUCAGGAAUAAGCCCUGAAAAUGGCCAGGAGUGGCCCCGAACAAAGGAAAAUUAAAUUUUCAGUUUGGCUUUAUUGUAUUAUUUCUUAUAUUCUCCAAAACUCAGAACUGCCAUAGACUACAGAGUACAGAAACUCAAUGUUUCUGGUUUUCUUCAAAUUCAACUUCUAUAUGUUGAAGUGAAUUUUGUUUAUAUAGUGUUGUCACAAGACUUUAAAAUAUUUUCAUAGCUGAAUUAAAUAACCUUCCCCACAAAUAACCUUAAAAAUUGAAUAUCAAAGUAUUUAUGAUAAGCAUCUAAAUGUACCUAACUACUUCAUGGUUGAGUUGGAACUUAGAGAAAAACAUUUUUACUCUUGAUAGUCAGAUGAGAAAUUGGAUUAUAAAUGUCUUUUUAAUGACUUUCACUUUUGGGUAAAAUUCUGUGUUUUGCUUUCUCCUCGGUAGAAGAUAUUUAUAGUUAAAACUCGGCUAAAUAUGCAUAGUUAAAAUGUAGCUAAAAUUCAGAAUAAACAUCAUAUCACCUUCUUUCCCUAAAAAUUUGUGUUCACAGAUAUUUUUUUAGAAAGCUGGCUUCUUACUGUUUUCUAAAAAUACACUGUACAUCAUCUUCACUUCAGUUAUAAACUUUGAGAUAAUUUUAUAAGUACAGUGGUAAUGAUAAAAUGUAUUAAAUAAUAUUAAGGCUCUCAACAGAAAAAUCAUGGAGGUGCAAAAAAUAAGAAAAACUAAGUCAAGAUCCAAACCAUGAACCAUGAAUGUCUUGUCACUGAGCUGACAAAAGAAUGUUGUUCCUUCUGUUCAAAUUCACUGAUGGCAAAGCCAUUAGUUUCCUCUGGAGCUGGACUAUCUAUAAUAAAUGCUGUUAUCCACAUUUUGUUACUAGCAUUUGAAAUGUGAAAAAUCUGAAUUAAGAUGCACUGUAAAGUACACAGCAUUUUAUAGAUUUAGUAUGAAAAUCACAUGAUAUCCAUUAAUAUUUAUAUUGAUGACAUGUUGAAAUGACAAUAUUUAGCGUGCAUUAGGUUAAAAUAUAUAAAUUUAACUAAUUUUAUGAUAUAUUUUUACUUUUUAUAUAGUGAUAAAGAAAUUUUAAAAUACAACUGUGAGUUGCAUUUGUAACUUGCAAGUCAAGUCUAUUGGACAGUACUUUCCCAGAGUGUCUCUAUUCCAUUAAAUUUACGCAUUUGUCAUCUUAUUUUCAUAGGAAAACAUAUAUUAAACCACACAAAAUGUAUUUGUAUGGUUCAACUAGAACUUGUCAUCUCUCCUUGAUUCACAGUCUCCUAAUGGAAUAACUGGUAAUAAUGAGUUUUCCCCCACAUUUUUCCUUACCUUUGAAUAUGUGUCAAUAUAGAAAUAUGCAUGCAUAUGUGAGUCCAUUUUAAUUGUCUUAUGCAGGAUAUAUCAUUGUAACUGUAAUUUAGCAAUUUGUUUUUCAUCUAACAGGGGAUCAGGGGGUAUUCUCAAACUAGUAAAUGUAUAUAGCAAAAUCAUUAGCCUCCAUCCAAGAAAAUUCUUAACUGAAAAGCUACUUACUGACACACAAGGAAUUGGGUGUAGUUGAGUUACAGCAUGGAAUUUAUAAAAGGGAACAUUUUUCCUCUGUUUAUAACAAUCAGGGUGCUCUAUUUUCCUUAUGAUUCUAUGAAAAUUCUACGUCAUGAUCUGAAUAAAAUUCCCCCACAGUGUGAUACAAGGAUCAUCUCUCAGCAUUGUGUCCUUGCACACACCAAACCAAUUAUUCUGCCUAUUUUUAGUUGUCUAAUGUAAUAAUUCUCUUUCCAUAAUUUGCAAAUACUGCUCUUUCAACCUUCACGAAUGAACCAAAUUUUACUUCUUUGAAAUUUUUUCUUUAGUUAGGAAUUUUGAUUAAUUCCUACUAUUCUGUUUCUAUAGUUUCCAUCGGGUGUAAUUAGUCUCCUCUCCCUUUUUUUUUCUUAAUCAUUAUAUGUUCCUAUGCCUGCAGAUAACAAACUGGUUUUCCCUAUCUGGGAAUCAAAGGUGAUGGUGACCUGCAUCAACAACCUCCUAUAACUUCAGUGUACCAAAGAGAGAUUUAACUUAUUCUAAGGAAAUAAUUCAGUGUGUUGCUUCAGCAUUUGGAAUGAAAAUACCUUGUGAUAUGUGAAGGGAGGAAACUGAUAUAUUUCCAUGUUGUUGUGGUAUGAUCAUAAGUUGAAUUAUUUACCCUUUUAAAACUUAUUUGCUGAUAUUUGAAUGUUUGAAUUGAAAUGCCUUCACUCUCUCUAACAUACUGAAUUCCUUUAUUCCAAAACUCUUUCUAAAAUUAGAAGUAUUUAAUAAGAUUAAAUAUGGACAUGUAGAAAUGUGUAAGGUGCCUUCAAAUAUUCAGAAAAUGUGAAUUUUCUUUAAUCUAAUUAUUUAAAUUAAACAUAAAAUUUAGAUUAACAUAAAUUUAUAUGCAAUUAUAAGAAGUGAUGUCAAAAUUCUCUGUUACUUACUUAUAGAAACCAAUAAAAAAGGUUUUCAAAGUAAUAGUACAACAUUACAGAAUAUUGACAUCAGUAUAAUUUCCCCAGUCUCACUCAUAUUUCCAGUUUUAUCAGUACUUGCAUGGCUGAGCUCUAGUGUGUGUUUGUUAUUUCUAUGCAAUUUUAUUGCAUGUAUAAGUUUGUUCAUCCACAACCUUAGUCAAGAUACAGGACAUUUACAUUACCAAAGAUAAAUGGUGUUGACUUUUUAAUAGUUAUAUCCUUCUUUUAGUGUUCCUCCAAUUCUAUAACCACAAAUUUAUUCUAAACUUUAAAAAUUGUAUAAUUUCAAGAUUUUAUAUAAAUGGAAUCACAUAGUAUGUCAUCUUUGAAGAUUAGUGUUUUUCAUUCAACAAAAUUUUAUGCAGUCACCCAAAUUGUUAUAUCCAUCAAAUUUUUUAUUGUUAUCUGCCCACUCUAUUUUCUGAAGAAUAUUCACUAAAUUUGAAACUGGUACAAUCAAAAUGGUUGUCUACAAUGCUACUGAGACUUAGCAGUGCACAAUAAAAAAAUAACUUGGGGGGUAUAAGCAAUGCAAUUCAUUGGUAUAAGCAAUUAACUAGAAUAAUAAAACUGUAGUGAUAUGAGAAUAUAUAUGCAUUAAAUAAAGCAACUUAGUACACACACCAAAAACUAUUGAUUGAGUGAUAAUGUAGAGUGGACAUGUUAGCCAAAAUUGUUUCU